AGCAACUAACUAUUGCCAAAGAUCACUCUGUAAUCGACGACAGAUGAAAGCGUUGUUAUCUAUAAAUUCGAGGUGCGAACACUCUUGUGUCACUCCGGUCCUGACACUCCCAGGAACCACGCUACUGAACCAGUCAAAGCGAUGAGACUUCUUCUACUGAUAGCGGUGUCAGCAUGCGCUGUCAUAACAAUAGAAGCGCGUAAUGUACAGAAGGGCGAGCCAGGCGUCGCAGAUGCAGUGGCGCCCACGGGCGGCGACCUGACCGCCGCCGGCACCUCGCAGGACCAGGCCUCCGCCGGCACCGAGCACAAGAAGGCCAAGGACAGCCACCACGAGGCCGGCGGCGGCCACGAGCACCACGCCCACCACCACAAGGAGGAGGAAGAAAAGGGAGGCAAAGGCUACAAGUCCCACCACCACCACGACAAAGGCGAACACGGCCACCACGGGAAACACCAUCACGAGGGCCACCAUGACGAACACGGCGGACACAAGAAAAAGCACCACGACGAACACGAUCACCACGGUGAACACCACGAAGCCGCACACGGACACAAAGGUGGCAAGUUCGGCCACAAGAAGGGACAUAAGAAGGGUUCCAAAACGACCGGCUUCCACCACAAGUCUCACAAGGACGAGUACCACAAGGAGCACAAGUUCUACGACGACUUCCACAAGGGUGGACAUCACCACAAGCACGGAGAUUUCCACGGCCACCACGACAAAAAAGAUGGCCACCACAAGAAGGGUGGUCACCACGAGAAGGGACACCACGAGAAGCACCACGGCAAGAAGGGCCAUCACGACAAGGGCCACUACGACGAGGACCACAAGGGCCACAAGGGCCACCACGGCCACGAGGAGCACCACGCCCACCACGAGGAGCACGGCAAGAAGGGCGGCCACGCGGGCGGCAAGGAACAUGGAUACAGCCACGGAAAGAAAGCAUAAACAGAACGCAGUCACUUGUUAUUGUUACACAUUUUUGUUGUUUAUUAUUUUUAUUUCA